GGUGCGCGCGGCAAGAGAUGAUUUUUUCGCGAAUCACGAAAAUACAUUUGUAGUGAAGAACUUUUGAAGACACGAAACGCGGAAUUUAAGAAAAUGGUUUAUCUGCGGGUUCACUUCUCCUUGUGUUUAGUACUUGUUUACCAGCUCACGGUGAUCGCCUUACCAGCCAGCAGAAAUUUCACAGUGGUAAAGUUGUUCCCACCCUCCAAUCAACAAAAUGACGCCGGGAUUGGCCCAGUGCCCCAGGAAGCUGGUAAAGGAAUCAUGGCGAAUCAGAGGUCCGCCUUCCUCGGCAAUAGAGCCGACUCGUUCCGUUUCCAUAGACCUGGGUUCGAGCACGUUCCCGGAAGUGUGUCGUUAGAGUCGGCAGCUAAUCCGGGACAUUACCUUCGCUACAAGAAUUACAAGUUUCAUUUGGAAAGAAAUAAGCCCACUGGAGUGUUUGAGAAAGACGCGACGUUUAUCGAAAGAAAAACUCAAACCAAAGGCGCGGCUGCUUAUGAACUGUUUAACCACCCUGGGUGGUUUAUGUGUCAUGACACCAGCAGUAAAUUUGGUCUGGUCGCCAAGAACGUUGACAUCGGAAGCCACGAAUUUCUUUUGAGCUGUCUUUACAUGGCAGUAGCUCAAAAACCGACAAAAAAGGAUCUAAAGGAAAGGUUAAAACUCUCCCCAACCAAGAAAGAAAGCGCAGAGGCGAGAGCAAAUGUUCGAAACGUUUCUGGUAUCAUUUCAAACGACGAUUCUGUGGAGAAUUUAGGGAAAGACACUCCCAAGAAUGAAAGUGGAGGCUCUCUUGCCAAAAAAGUUUCGUUAAUGGGCAGUAAAAUUAAUAAAACUGACAACGGUCAGCUUUCAAACAAGACGAAUUCUGGUAAAAAUAACGACACACCUUUAAAAUUGUCGUCCAACGUAACUGCUGAUAAAAACGGAAGCUUUGAGCUGACAUUUGACGAUGACUCGGAUACUGUGAAUUCUACAAAGCAAGCGAACGAAACAGGACUCUUGCAUGGCUUGAAAAGUGCAGAUGUCACUCUUGAAUUGCAGGUCACGAAUGGCACACAAAAGCCGCAAAUGGAUUUGCAGAAGGACAAACAGGAAAUUGUCGUCACAGACACUGGAAAUGGGCUCUCAGGAAAUGACCAGAACAAACUUGAAGCUUCAACCACGAACAAAUUAAAGAGCAACCCAACCCUUAAUAACGGUCUUGGCAAAGGUUCCUCUUCAAUAACAGCAAAAAUAAAUCCGCUGGUCAGAGGGAACACCGUCACAGUAAAUAAAAAUCAAUCUGGAAAGAUUCAAUCUUUCGCACAAACGAAAGCAAAUCUGCAGCUGCAAGGGAGUGCUAUCAUACUAAACAAAGAGACCUCAGGGAAAAAGGUACCGUUUGCUCAACCAAAAAUAAAUCCGCUGAUUAAAGGGAAUGCACUCACACUUAACAAAAAUCCAACGGGGCAACUGCAAUCGUUCGCGCCAAAGCAAGCUGCAAAUCAACUUAACCCGUAUGGAAAACAACAGUUUACCUUGAAUUUCGAGUUUCCAAAUGACGAUAAAACAACCCCAAAUACCCUGCCUGAUCAGCUAGCAAAGAUAACCGCGAAGGCACUAGGUUUCAUCCAUAGUGCAUAUAGGAACCAGCAAUCACAAAAAAUAAACAGCCGGGCUCAGCAGUUUACAAAAUUAGGGCCUGUGUUUCGCCAACAACAACCACCCCAACAACAACAGCUAAAACAACAACAACAGAAACAGUUUCAGAGGCCUUUGAAUUACUUCAAUCAACAAGCACCCUCACAAGAAAUUUUGCGCGCAACUCCUCAUUUCAUCGGUGCACCUCCGCUUGUUUCGCCAGUAAGGCCGCUGGGAAAGCCGUUGGCAUUUAAGGCUCCGAAUGUACAGUUUCCAUAUCAGCAGUUGAAUCAACCAGGUCUACAACGAGUGCCUAACAGCUAUCGUGUUCCGGGGAAAACUUGGGGAGGAUUGAUUUCGGUUGGAAAACAGAGUUUAAUGGGAAACAGCGCCAAUUUCCAUAAUUACAUUCAAAACGGUGUCAGCCAGCAGGAGAAAAGCAGAGCCAAACUUGACGACGAGCCGAACAAAACCUCGGAAAAUGACAAGUGUAUCAGUCUUAAGUUCAUCAACAAAGUUCGCAGACCAAUCACAUUGGUGUCCAGUAUGAAAUUAGAAGGUUACCUAAUUACUGCAGAGACGUUUAAACUCAAGACUAUCUUCAAACAUCCACGAAAACAUCAUCACGUGAUUUUCUACGCGCGUGACUCAGACGACAGAGAUAAUGAGGUGUUACUUAACAAUAAUAACGCAAUCGCCGUCACGCCAGGAGGAUGCGAUAUGCCGUUCAGGAGUGUAGUGAUGUCACACCAUGGACAGAUAGGAAAUAAAGAAAUUGAGCACCUCCGCGAAAACGACGAAUACAAAUCGUCCAUGGAAGCAGCCAAAAAGGCUGUACUUGGAAAAGGAGACGAAAACUUUACCCAGUGGACCCCAUUUGGACCCUGUGGAGCCACUUGCGGAAAGAGCUUACAGACGAGGACACGAACGUGUAAGCCAGGAAAGGUCUGCAAGGGACAAAGUCUCGAGAGCAGGACUUGUAUACAGACACCUUGUCCAGUGUCUACAUGUCUCAAAACGUACAGUGGCAAAUGCUGCGCCCUUCCGUUCGUGUUCCGCGGCGCGGUAGUGAACCACUGUAUAGCUGAUCCGCAGACUCAUCGCCCCUGGUGUGCCACCACGCCCAACUAUGACAAAGAGAAACGGUGGGGCUACUGCCAACCAUCAGGUCCACGCACCGAAAAAGUAGCACCGGUAUUAAGAAGCUUUCUUCCAAAUUCUCCUGGCCAGUCCAAAUGCCCCGCUACCUGCACCAAAAUCUGUAUGGGUUGGUGUCCACAGAGAUGCUGUAAUGCCGUUGCUUAGGGAUAGAGUAACAAGGACCUGCUGAAGUGAACGAACUCCACUGACAUAGCUCAGAUUCACACAGAGCUGCUUUAUGCACAAUCUCAUUAAAACAAGAAAUGGAAGCUACAGAUAUUUCGUCUUGCGUGCAAAGUAUAUGAUAUAACUAAGUCAAAUGAAUGGUAUCUACAGGAUAGCUUUUCUCUUCUUGAUUCAAAAGGGGGUAGUUCAAAUGCAGUUUAUUAAGUUAUCUGAACCAGUUAGAAGAAAGUUCCACUGCAUUUUCUGACGCUGCGCACAAGUUGGAUAUUUUUGUCUUGACUUUGUUCGUUAUAUUAUAAGCAUAUUGUGCAUGGUGAUUAGCCGGAUGCUAUCAAUAGGGGUUCAAAUAUUUUCGGGAGUAUACUUAAAAUUUAUCAGACAAUUGGUUAUAGAUUUAAAAAGUUCGGUAUUUUGUUAUAAUACUUAGACGGGUAAAUAAAACCACGCAUUCUUUGCGGAUGGAGUGUCUGUGCUCAAAGCACUUAUCUGGGAGGAUAUAUUUUG